CUGAAGCUAAGACUCAUCGACUUCGGAGCCCAACCACGGUGAAGCCGACUCUCAAUCUUACAAGCUGCGAACAUUGCGGCAUACCGCCGAUUAAUUCCAGCCCGAGAUUUUCUUCUCUUUCUGACUUUACGAUGCUGUCAACUCCUUCGGUGGGCGUGCUUGGUGGGGGGCAACUGGGACGGAUGAUGAUGGAAGCUGCAAACCGAUUGAACAUCCAACUCAACGUGCUCGAUGCGCCCAAUUCCCCGGCGAAACAGAUCAGCGCCCACGAUGGUCAUGCCAAUGGAUCAUUCACUGACCCCCCGUCGAUGCGGAGGCUUGCGGAAACCUGCGACAUCCUGACGACAGAGAUUGAGCACGUUGAUACCUACGCCCUCGAGGAGGUCUGCUCGAAGGUCAAGGUUGAGCCGACCUGGCGGACAAUUCGUACGAUUCAGGACAAGUUCAAUCAGAAGGAGCAUUUGUCGAAAUUCGACAUCCCAAUGGCCGACUACCGUGAGCUGAGCAACAACACCGCUGAAGAGCUGGCCGCGAUCGGAGAGGAACUUGGCUUCCCCAUGAUGCUCAAGUCGAAAACGCAAGCAUACGACGGAAGAGGAAACUACUCGGUCAAGACCAAAGCAGACAUCCCCGCAGCCCUCAAAGCUCUCGAGAACCGCCCACUAUACGCCGAGAAAUGGGCAAACUUCACAAUGGAAGUAGCCGUCAUCGUCGUCAAGACCAAAGACGGCGUCCUCUCCUACCCAACCGUCGAAACCGUCCAAGAAGAUUCCAUCUGCAAGCUCGUCUACGCCCCCGCCCGCAACAUCUCCGACGAAAUCAACCAGCAAGCCCAAGCCCUGGCCCGAAAAACCGUCGCCGCCUUCGACGGCCUCGGCGUCUUCGGCGUCGAAAUGUUCCUCCUCCCCGAUAAUUCGCUCCUCCUCUGCGAGCUAGCGUGCCGCAUCCACAACUCAGGCCACUACACCAUCGAAGCCUGUUCGAUCUCGCAAUUCGAGGCCCACCUCCGCGCCAUCCUUGACCUGCCCAUCCCCGCACAGAGCCUCGAGAUCCGCGAGCCGGCAAUCAUGCUGAAUAUCCUUGGUGGCGCAACACCAGAGGCCCAUCUCCAGGUCGCUGAGCGUGCCCUCUCAAUCCCGAACGCGAGCGUUCACCUCUACGGCAAGGGCGCAGGGCGUCCAGGCCGAAAGAUGGGUCAUGUCACCGUGACAGCCCGCACGAUGGAGGAGGCGGAGCGCACCAUCGCGCCACUACUUGAGUUCGUCGGCGGUGCCAACCCAGAAUCCAACAUCCUCUACACGCAGACCCUUCCGCGUCUCAACGUCCGCCCUACAGUGGGCGUAAUAAUGGGCUCCGACAGCGACCUCAAGACGCUGAUUCCCGGUCUCAGGUUGCUGCGCGACUACUUCGGUAUCAACCCAGAGGUAGAGAUCACCUCCGCUCACAGGACACCGGAGUACAUGGCUACAUACAGCUCGACCGCUGCGAGCCGGGGGAUUAAGGUUAUCAUUGCCGCGGCGGGAGGUGCAGCGCAUUUACCUGGAAUGGCAGCGGCAUAUACGGCAUUGCCUGUUAUUGGCGUGCCGGUGAAGGGCAGCGCGUUGGAUGGGGUGGAUAGUUUGUAUAGCAUUGUGCAGAUGCCACGAGGCGUCCCUGUUGCGACUGUGGGGAUUAAUAAUAGUAUUAAUGCGGCGUUGUUGGCGGCGAGGAUUUUGGGGGCGUUUGAUGCGGGUGUACAGGCUAAGGUGGAGGCGUAUGCGAAGACGGCGAAGGAGGAGAAUCUCGACCUUAAGGGCGUGAAGAUGAAGGAGCUGGGGUGGGAUGCAUAUCAUCAGCAGAUGUAGAAGAAAUGACUGCGCAGAUAGAUGGGAAUAAUACUUCCAAUUGGUUCAUUGUUAUGUUUUAUAACCUUCCACUACACGGCACAACAGCAUGAGUUUAGUGGUAUGGGGUGAUGACGCUCAAUGUUGGAGGAAUAUAACAUCAUUAGAAUACAAUCCCAUAAUUCACGAUAAUAUAUUUAUACCCAC